AUGGAAAACGACAAUUCUAAAGCAGCGGCAAUUCUUCGACAAAGGUCAUUACUUUUUUGGUUAGACUUGAGCCAAAAAAAACCGAAGACGACAGCAAGGUUUUAUGAAAAUACAGUGAUUCAAGAAAAAUUUCAAACAACAGACGCAAUGGAAUCUAAGUUUCGGUUUGACAACUGGGAAUCACCAGUUGGGAUUUAUGAUCACGUAGUCAUUCGUGGAACAGACGUAAGAGUAUUAGAAAUCGAAUACUCGAAAGAAUAA